ACAUCAUAAGAACAUAUGGAAAUGGAAUUGAAGUGGUUACUGAUAUGUUUGAUCCUUUGGGUUCAAAUCCAAGGAAAUAGUGGUUGCUUUGAAGAAGAGAGACUAGCUCUCUUACAAUUCAAGGCAUCCCUUGAAUCUCAUGAGUAUGGUUCCAAGUUUCCAAUUCUCCCUUCAUGGAUUGAUGAACCAGAAAAUAACUGUUGCGAAUGGGAGAGAGUCUCUUGUAAUUCUACUGCAGCUCAUGUCAUUCAUCUCUCUCUCGACAAUAUAUGGAACUACGAUGAUAUAGCAGAAUACAAUUUAGAUGAAAACAUUUAUGAUCUAAAAGUGUCCAUUUUCCAGCAUUUUAAGGAGCUUAGAAGCCUCAACUUAUCCUUUAAUAAAUUCGGUGGUUUUGUUGAGAAAGAAGGUUUGGAAAGAUUUUCAAAUUUGAAGAAAUUAAAGGUUUUAGACCUUAGCUUCAAUAGAUUCAACGGAAGCAUAUUAUCAUGGGUAACUCCUAUGACAUCAAUUAAGAUUUUGAAUCUGAGUGUGAAUAACAUGGAAGGUUCCUUCUCUUAUCAAGAGCUAACUAAAUUGCAAAACUUGGAAGUAUUGGAUCUGAGUCUUAAUUAUUUCAAUGGCACCCUACCAAUGCAAGGUUUGGAAAGAUUUUCAAAUUUGAAGAAAUUAAAGGUUUUAGACCUUAGCUACAAUGGAUUCAACAGAAGCAUAUUAUCAUGGGUAACUCUUAUGACAUCGAUUCAGAUUUUGAAUCUGCAUUCCAAUGGCAUGGAAGGUUCCUUCCCUUAUCAAGAGCUAACUAAAUUGCAAAACUUGGAAGUAUUGGAUCUAGGUGGUAAUUAUUUCUAUGGCACCCUACCAAUGCAAGAGCUGGCUAGCUUGCAAAACUUGAAAAAUUUGGAUCUGAGUGGAAAUAGCUUCAAUUGCACCUUAACAAUGCAAGAUUUUAUAGCUUUAAAAAGUUUGGAGAUUUUAGAUUUGAGUGGGAAUGAUUUUUAUGGUACUCUUUCUCCAUAUAUGUGGGCACCUCCUUCUCUCAAAGUAUUAUCUUUACGAGACAACAGGUUUAAUGGCUCCUUGUCAAGUUUGUGCGGCUUGAAGCGACUUGAAAAAUUAGACCUAUCCUAUAAUAUGUUUGGAGGCAAUCUUCCUCGUUGUCUCGACAAUUUAACAUCAGUUAGAUACUUGGUUCUAUCCAACAACAAUUUCACAGGGCAUGUUCCUUCUUCUUGGAUAUCUCGUCUCAAAUCCCUCAAGUACAUUGAUCUUAGACAAAAUCUUUUUGAUGGAUCAUUCUCUUUCAACUUAUUUGCUAACCAUUCUCACCUUGAGGUGGUCGACUUCAGUGACAACAAAUUUAUGUUUGCGACAAAGUAUUCGGGUUGGGUUCCACCAUUUCAGUUAAAGAUUCUUGUCUUGCAAAAUUGCCAUCUCUCUCGUAUUCCUGAGUUUCUCUAUCAUCAGUUCAGAUUAAAAAAUGUCGACUUGUCUAACAAUAAAAUACAAGGAAGGUUUCCUGUUUGGUUGCUUGACAACAACACAGAACUUGCCCGUCUAAUCCUAAAGAACAAUAGUUUCAUUGAUCCAUUUCAUUUACCAUCAAACUCUAGCUUCAAUAUUUCUAGUUUGGAUGUCUCCGAUAAUUACUUCAAUGGAUCGCUUCAAGAAAUUGGCGAAAAGAUGUUUCCCAACAUUGAGUUUCUCAAUUUAUCUAAAAAUCAUUUUCAAGGCGAUUUUCUUUUCUCGCCCAGCGACAACUGUAAAUUGAGAAGCUUGGAUUUGUCUUUUAACAGCUUCUCAGGUGAAGUACCGGAGAAAAUGAUUUCGAGUUGCACUUCUUUGCAAAUUCUAAAGCUAUCUCAUAAUAACUUCCAUGGCGAAAUAUUCACUGCUCGAUUUAACCUUAACUUAUGGUCUUUGCAUUUGAAUGACAACAGUUUCAUGGGAACUCUAUCAGGCAUUUCAGUCACCCAGUUCUCUCACCUAACAGUAUUAGAUCUAAGUAACAAUAGAUUUCAUGGUGAGAUUCCACACUGGAUCAACAGCAUCACAGAUUUGCAGCAUGUAAACCUUUCUCAUAAUUCUUUCAGAGGUGAAGUAUCAUGUGAAUUUUUUUCAGCUAUUUACGUAGACCUCUCCUAUAACAACUUUUCUGGAUCAUUGCCUGACCUCUCCUAUAACAACUUUUCUGGAUCAUUGCCUUCUUGUUUCAACCAGAUUCCUUCAUACUUUAGAGAAACAAGUUAUAUAAAUUUGCAAGGUAACAGGUUGACUGGAUCAAUACCAGAUGAUUUUCUCAACAAACCAGGACUGUUGGUAUUAAACUUGAAAGAUAACAGCCUCGCAGGCAGCAUUCCCAAUAAAUUCGGUACAUUUCCAAAAUUACGGGCUCUUCUAUUGGGAGGAAAUUAUUUAAAUGGUUUCAUUCCGAAUUGGCUGUGUGAACUAAAUGAGCUCAACUUCUUAGAUCUUUCAAGAAACUCUUUUUCUGGCUCUAUACCCAACUGUUUAUACAAUCUCUCCUUUGGAAGGACGAAAGUUGAUGGUGAUCUGUUUGAAACACAAUUAUCGUUUGGUUCCAUACCAUAUGGCGUUUACAUUACUGGAGAUGCCCUGGGCGGAGCUCAGUUUUAUGUAGACCAAAUAAAUUAUAUCAUUGUUGACCCAAAAAUUGAGUUUGUUACAAAACGACCCAAAAAUUGA